AUGGGCCCCCCGGGCAGUAUGGGAUCAUGGGGCCCCUGUGUCCUUGCCCAAACUCAAAAAAGCCUAUGAAAAAGGUACCAGGGGCAUCUCAUGGGGCCCCCUACUGACCCCGGGCCCUCCAAAUGGUCAGUCCGCCCCUGGUGUCAAGUGAGAUAACCCUUACUACAUGGGGCGGACUGACAAUUCAUGGGGCCCCCGGCAAUAGGGGAUCAUGGGGUCCCUAUGUCCUUGUCCAAACUAAAAAAAGCCUAUGAAAAAGGUACCAGGGGCAUCUCAUGGGGCCCCCUACUGACCCCGGGCCCUCGGGCAGUGCCCGAGUUUCCAAAUGGC